ACAGACCCACACCCGCGGAUUCGCAAGGCCAGCCCAGGGAACGCUGGCGCCGCCCGCCGGCCUUCCGCCUUCCGGUGGCUAGCGGACACGGUCUGGCCUGUCGCUGCAGCAUGGCUCCGCUACGCUUCUCCGCCAAUCUGUCCUGGCUGUUCCCGGAAUUCCCCGACCUCCCUGCGCGACUGCGGGCUGCGGGCAGCUCGGGCUUCGAGGCCGCCGAAGUGGCCUGGCCGUACGCGGAGCCGCCCGAGGCUCUGGCGCGCGCCGCGCGGGCAGCGGGGCUGCAGCUGGUAUUGAUCAACACGCCCCCGGGAGACCAGGAGAAGAGGGAAAUGGGGCUGGGGGCCGUCCCCGGGAGACAGGCGGCCUUCCGAGAAGGGCUGGAGCAGGCUGUGCUGUACGCCAAGGCUCUGGGCUGUCCUAGGAUCCACCUGAUGGCUGGCAGAGUACCCCAGGGGGCUGACCGAGCAGCAGUCAUGGGUGAGAUGGAGACAGUUUUUCUGGAGAACCUAAGGUAUGCAGCUGGAGUUUUGGCUCAGGAGAACCUCGUGGGACUGCUGGAGCCCAUUAAUACGCGUAUCACCGACCCCCAGUACUUCCUGGAUACACCCCAGCAGGCGGCUGCCAUCUUACAGAAGGUUGGAAGACCCAACCUCCAAUUACAAAUGGAUAUAUUCCACUGGCAGAUCAUGGAUGGGAACCUGACGGGAAACAUUCGGGAGUUCCUGCCUAUCAUUGGGCACGUACAGGUGGCACAGGUCCCUGGCCGAGGGGAGCCAGGGAGCCCUGGAGAGCUGCAUUUCCCCUAUCUGUUCCAGCUGCUGGAAGAUGAAGGCUACCAAGGCUUUGUGGGCUGUGAGUAUCGGCCUCAAGGUGAGGUUCCAGGUGUAGCCCUGGGGAAGAAGUCUCUAGAGGGACAGGUAUUGGACAGGGGCUAUUUUUCUCUUGGUAAGUUGAGAUGCCACUGCCUCCCUUUCCCUACAGGAGACACAGUAGAGGGUCUGAGUUGGCUACGUUCAUACUGGGAUAAGCGGGGCCACCCACGGGUUGUCCAGUGAGGUCCUGCACACUACUCACAUGCCUCUCUGGGGCAAUGAGUACCCCGAGUCGUCGUCUUUGAAUUAAAGACAACUUACUGAA